AUGAGGUUCUUCAGGAACACUAUAUCCGUCCUUGCGAUGAUGCUUCCCGUUCAUCAAAUGUCAGCAUGGGCGCAGAAUAUGUCGUACGCGGCCGAUAACUUUUACCGCAGCGACAUCGUGACGGUUACACCCAUCACCUUCCAGGAUCUAUACCGCACGACAAUUCAGGGAAAUCUCUUUACCCGCAACAAUCUGAGUCGCAGCAUUGAGUCCCCUGCUAUUAUUGUUGGCCAUCCCAUGAGCGCAGUGAAGGAACAGAGCGCAAAUCUCUAUGCCACAAAAUUGGCCGAACAAGGCUUUGUCACUAUCUCGCUGGACCUUCCGUUCUGGGGUGCUAGCGGCGGUGAGCCACGCAACGGGGUCUCUCCGGAUAUCUAUGCGGAAGCAUAUAGUGCCGCGGUCGACUAUCUGGGCACGCAGGGCUUCGUUGAUCGUGAGCGGAUUGGCAUUCUUGGUAUUUGUGGAAGCGGCGGCUUCGUGGUUAGUGCGGCGAAGAUUGACCCGCGUCUGAAAGCCAUCGCAACGGCAAGCAUGUACGAUAUGGGUGCUGUGAACCGUGAUGGCCUACGAAAGUCACAGACCCUUGACCAGCGCAAGGCGAUCAUUGCCGCGGCAGCCGAGCAGCGCUGGGUCGAGGCGGAAGGGGGUGAAAUCCAGUACUCUGGCGGCGUCCCCAGUCAGAUAACGGCAAACACAAGCGCUGUUGAUCGCGAGUUCUAUGACUUCUACUUUACCCCACGUGGCGAGUUCAUUCCCGAAGGGACCAAGCGGGAGCUGGAGACACAGCGGACAACUACGAGCAACCCGAAAUUCAUGAACUUCUACCCGUUCAAUGAUAUUGAUUUGAUCUCGCCCCGCCCUCUUUUAUUCAUUUCAGGCGACCAGGCACACUCGCGUGAGUUCAGUGAGGAGGCUUAUGCACGUGCAAGGGAACCAAAGGAGCUCUUCUGGGUGGCAGGGGCCGGUCACGUCGACCUUUAUGAUCGUGUGGGCCUUAUUCCUUUCGAGAAGCUCACCCAGUUUUUCCGGGUGAACCUUCGUUAG